AAAAUCAAUUUUUUUUGGUGAAAAAAUCGGGCCCAAACAGGCUCUGAAAUUAGUCAGCCUAGCAUUUCUUUUUCUUUUUACUCUAUUCAAGAUAAUAUAAUAACACUCCUUCGACUGAUCCUUUUGCAUGCACAUUUAGUAUAGAUGUAAAUCUCUUUACCUGUUUCUUUAACUUUCACUUUGUAGGAGUACACAUCUCAGUCAUUUUUUAUGAAAAAGAAAAAGAUAUAUAACCUAACCUAUCUUUAUGUUAAUAUGUGGAGAUGGAUUUUGUUUGACAUCCUUAGGGCACUCAAUAAUCUUCGACCAAUUUCGCAUUUUAUUAUUCCAUCUCCUAAUCUCUUUGUGAAAGAUAUUGUCCUUAAUCAGGAUGUCAGUUCUGAUCCAAAUAUUAAAAGGAUAUCUGUUACGCGUACUGUUUCAGGUAUUGCUCGGUCUUUCAGGAGUUAUGCUUGUCAUGCUUUCUGUACUUGGAUCUGUUGGGUUUUUCAGUGCAAUUGGAGUAAAAUCAACACUCAUAAUAAUGGAAGUCAUCCCUUUUCUUGUUUUGGCUGUUGGGGUAGAUAACAUGUGCAUACUGGUGCAAGCUGUUAAACGGCAACAGUCAGAAUUGCCUUUAGAGGGACGAAUUAGUAAUGCACUAGUAGAAGUUGGACCAUCAAUAACACUAGCAAGUCUAUCCGAGGUUUUAGCAUUUGCAGUUGGAAGUUUUAUUCCUAUGCCAGCAUGCCGUGUUUUUUCCAUGUUUGCAGGUUAGAAAUGUUCAUUUCAAGCUUUAGGAAGUAUUGUCUCAUUAUCUUUAGCUGUUACGUAAUUCCUUGAGUGGAAUGCCCCCCAACCUUGGCAAGCCAUACUUCUCACCAAAGUGGACAUCGGUCGGAAAACAUGGAUGGUUGAAUGGACCUAUCCACGUCACGGUACCCCGUUCGAACAAUCACGCAAUCUGGGCUUCGAUCACGCUACCAUCUAGUCUGGCAGUCCAAACGACCAAGCCUCAACUGGGCGCCACACCAGUCACCGGGGCAUCGGUUAUCCAACCUCCCCCACCUAGGACAGUAACCAUAGAACUUCACUUCGACGCAUUAGCAAGGUAGCAAAGCUGCAAAGGAGGAAGCAAGAACUCUUAACUAACCCGAAGGCGAGCGAAGUGACUCCCCCAACCAACUUUGAAGACUUUGUUUUGGAGAGAAGAAAGGAAGGGGGGAGAUGCGAUUCAUCAACAAAGGGAUAAGGAUACAUUAGUGGUCCCUGAACAUUUAGAGAACUUCAUGUCAGCCAAAGAAAAUUUGUUACAAUUGGGCUGCUGAACUUAAAUGUACAUAGUUUAAGUUCAUGAACAGAAUGAUCAAAUUCUAACAAUGUUUCUUUCU